AUACUGUUUUAGAUGAUACGAGUUGUUAAAAUAUAUUGGAAAUUCAUUCAUUAUUUUUCAAAGGUGCUAGAUGACGAGUUUUCUUUAUGGCGGCAAUGAACAUCAUAAAAGAAUUAAUGAUAAAUUUGUACAAACUUUAGUAACAUAAACAAAUUUUAAAUAAAACACUGUUGCACCAGAAAAAUACUACAUCCCGAAGUGAUAAAAGUUGACACAAGUCACUAACGAAAUUAAUUAACGCGCCGAACAAAGUUAAGAUCUGUAGAUAUUCAAUAUAAGGAUCGCAAAGUGGUCAGUGAAAACGUCAGAUUAGUAUGUAACAAUCAUUUUGUAUUUGUUGGUGCAUUGGUUGAAACAAGAUUAUUUAGGUGUUAUAAUUUGAGUAGAUUUAUGGAAAUGUCUCCGCCUAAAAGCUGUGCGGUUUGUGGCGAUAAGGCACUGGGUUAUAAUUUUAAUGCUGUUACAUGUGAGAGUUGCAAGGCUUUCUUCCGAAGAAAUGCCCUGGCAAAAAAGCAGUUUACCUGUCCUUUUAGUCAGAAUUGUGAGAUCACUGUGGUUACUCGAAGAUUUUGCCAAAGAUGCCGCCUUAAAAAAUGUUUGGACAUAGGCAUGAAAAGUGAAAAUAUUAUGUCCGAAGAAGAUAAACUCAUUAAGCGACGCAAAAUUGAAAAUAACCGUGCGAAACGUCGUCUAAACGACAAUAAGAAAGGUUCUGCAGCGGAAAGCGCCAUCUUCGACACGAUUUCACAUGAUUCCCAAAGUUCUUUUGAUAGUGGCAAAGAUACUGCUAAUAGUGGCUCAGCAACUACAAUGAAUCAUUCUUCACCGACGGGUUCUAAUGUACCGAUAAGAUCACCACCUCUAUUAGAGUCAGACAGUGAAGCUAAACCGGAACUAAUGACCAGUAAAGAAAUUGUCGAAUUUAUUGUUUGUGAUCCCGACCGUGCAUCUCAGGCUAUAAGCAAGUUAAUGCGUACAAAAGAUGAAGCGAUUGCUAUUGUAGAGAAGAUACUAACAUCCCAAAAAGAUGCUUUGCGCCUGGUAUCACAUCUGAUUGCAUUCCCAGGUGAUGCCUUGAAAAUAAUAAGUAAAAUAAUGAAUUCACCAUUUGAUGCGCUCACAGUAUUUACAAAAUUUAUGAGUUCGCCCACUGACGCCUUAGAAAUUAUAUCCAAAAUUGUUAGCUCUCCUCAAGAUGUUGUGCAAUUUAUACGUAAUCUAAUGGAAUGUCCGGAAGAUGCACUCGAUAUAAUGAAUAAAUUCAUGAACACACCGGCAGAAGCAUUGCGUAUAAUAAAUAAAAUUUUUAAUACGAUGAAUCCGCCAACACGCAGUGAUGAAUUACAUAAACUACUCUUGGAUGCCACUAAAGAAAAGGACACACCAUUUCUAACUGCGCAAGUAUCGCCAGUGUCAGAGGAAUCAGAAAAUAGAAAUUAUUUGUUACAGUCGAUGCUUGAUAAUAGUCCAGCUAUGCCACAAGAAAUUUCAAAUUGCUUAUCGCCUCAUGAUCAGCAUGUUAUGUCGGUUAAUUCAGAUGUAAUGGUAGAAUCGCCCAUAAAUAUACAGGGCAUGUCAAUAAGAACGGAUACGCCAGAUCACACAAUUCCAUCUAUACAAAGCCAAUCAUUGCAGUUGGAUUCCUCAACAAGUAUUCCUACAGUAGCAAAAUGCUUAGAAACCUCGCGAUCAUCCAUGCCUCUGCCUUCUAGAGAUUGUCAAAUUACCAACCACACAUUACAUUGCAGCACAUCCACAAGCGUACAUCACGACAUUGAACUGCCAAGUACAUCAGCCGGUCUCAUAAACCCCAGCUCGCCCACAGAUAUUACGUCUGAUACGACAGAUUUCACUAGUGAACAUUUUGAUAUAAAAUCAUUUAUACAAAGUUCAUUCCCUGACAAUGCAAGUGGCGGAGGAGACAGUUUAAACUCAUUGGAGUCCGUAUUAUCAGAGGUGAUAAGAAUCGAAUUUCAGGCAUUUAAUAAUUUACCACCAGAGCCGCGGGACAAACAAGAACAAUUGCAAUAUCAAGCAAAUAAUCUUGCAAUGCAGAAUUCCGAACACCAACAUGAUCAACAGCAUCAGCAAAGCGGUAUUAGCGUUUGUAAUACACAAGCAGCGCAACAACCUAUGUGCUUGCCACCCAAUGUGAGUAUGGGACGAGAUCUCAAUGAAGCAGAGCAAAUGAAAUUACGUGAAUUGAAAUUGGCAAGUGAAGCCCUGUAUUAUCCAAUGGACAAUGAUAUAUCUCAAUUAAUGAUGGGCGAUGAGAGAGUUAAGCCCGAAGAGGCGCAACAGGAUCCAAAACUUUUGCAUGUUAUCAAUUUAACAGCAGUUGCCAUAAAACGUUUAAUAAAAAUGGCUAAAAAGAUUGGUGUGUUCCGGGAUAUGUGCCAAGAAGAUCAGGUGGCUCUACUGAAAGGUGGUUGUACCGAAAUGAUGAUUAUGCGCUCAGUAUUGACAUAUGAUAAUAACCGUAAUACGUGGAAGUUACCUCACAUAUCUAAUAGUGCACAUAUACGGGCCGAGAUUCUCAAGGAAGCCAAGGGAAAUAUUUAUGAGGAAAUUUUAAAAUUUGUUGGAACAUUCGAUGAAAGGUGGCGUAUGGACGAAAAUAUCAUAUUGAUAAUGUGUGCAAUUGUUUUAUUUACGCCUACGCGUGCGCGCAUAAUACACUCAGAUGUAAUUCGUUUAGAACAGAACUCUUAUUACUAUCUUCUACGAAGGUAUCUGGAGAGCGUCUAUCCAGGCUGCGAAGCAAAAUCAGCUUUUAUUAAGUUAAUACAGAAAAUUUCGGACGUUGAACGGCUGAAUCAAUUUGUGAUUGGUGUUUAUUUAAAUGUGAAUCCCUCUCAGGUAGAACCGUUGUUGAGAGAAAUAUUUGAUUUAAAAAAUCAUUAGGUAAAUAAUAGGCAGACCAGCUAAGACGCCUAUUUACAAUAGGCAAUAAAUAUGUUUUUAGUUCCUUUCCUUAUGCGCCAGUUGAAUGUUUAAGGGUAAAGUAGUAUGUCAAUUUUAUUGCAAAGUUACAUUUAGUAACUUAUCACAAUGCAUCACUGCGAUCACACUUUUAAAUAGUAGUUUUUUUUUUAUAAUAAAUAAAUUGUUGAAUGUAACGCGAAAGCAACUAUAGCACAUACAUACAAUACAAAGUUUAACACGUAGAAUUUGUCUCGUCAAAUCGGGUGCAUGUGAUAAAUGUACAACACUAACUAGCUUUUACAAAAACAAAAAGGUAUGCUAUUUUUAAUAUUAGAGAAUGAUAAUAGAGCAAUGUUAAAUUCAAAUACGUACAUAGUUUAAAUAUUUAUAAUUUUAAAUUGAAAAAACUUUAAUAUAUCACCUAUUCACUGUUAGAAACAACACAUAUGUUGAUAGUUUGAAAUGUGCAAUUUAUAUGACAUACAUAGAUUCUAUCUAUAUUGUUUAAAUAAAACAGAGUCUAUUUUGUGU